GAAAUAUCAUUUUGCAAAUUUUUCCUCUCAGAAAACUCUGAUCUUCUCCCUUCGUUCAGCUCAUCGUAAGUCAUGGCCACCAAAGCAGCAGGAAACACCUCCUUGGGUCCACAAGUCGCAGAAGGCGAACUUGUCUUCGGUGUCGCAAGAAUCUUCGCUUCAUUCAACGACACUUUCGUCCACAUCACUGAUCUCUCUGGUAAGGAAACCGUCUCCAGAGUUACCGGUGGUAUGAAGGUCAAGGCUGACAGAGAUGAGUCAUCCCCAUACGCUGCUAUGUUGGCUGCUCAAGACGUCGCUGCUCGCUGUAAGGAAGUUGGCAUCAACGCCCUCCACAUCAAGAUCAGAGCAACUGGUGGUACCGCUACCAAGGCUCCAGGUCCAGGUGCUCAAGCAGCCCUCCGUGCUCUCGCUCGUGCAGGUAUGCGUAUCGGUCGUAUCGAAGAUGUUACCCCAGUACCAUCUGACUCCACACGUCGCAAGGGUGGUCGUCGUGGUCGUCGUCUCUAGAUAUACGCUGCAUUUGUACUUACGGUCCAAUGCCGUCCCCUGCGAUCGUAUUUUUUACUAUUCAUAUUUCCCUAGUCGCGCGGUCGAGGCAGGGCAUUUGUUUUU